GGUGGAUGGUGGGGGCUGGGAGGGCUGCUUUAACACCUUACUGCCAUGCCCAUAAGGUGCUGUUAGGCUCUUCACUUUUAAAUACCCUUCAUCAGUGAGGUACAUUAAAGGCAGACAGAGAGACAGACUCAGAGGCAUUUACCACUUUAAUUCCAAGUCUCUGAUGUAGAACUUGCUUUUUAUUCUGCUACUUGUAAAAAAAAAAAAAAAAAAAAAAAGUUUUUCCCCCCUCACAUCUGCGUCUCCUUAUUAAAUACUGAUCAGGGCUCCUGUCUUCUGCUGUGCCCACCCACAAUAGAAAGACUUCAGGGAGGGACUUUCGCCUUUAACAUUUAACCAGUGAGCAGCCGGAUCCCGGGGAGACAGAGGGCUUUUCAAAAGCUGAAACUAACCCCAGCAGCCUGCGCCGAUCCUGGGAGCCUCACACUCCAGCUCCAGAGAUGUAAAGACGAACCCACGGCUCUGAGCUUCCAGAGGAUGUAUGCUCUUGUGAUGAGCAGCUCUUCACCACCCAGUCAGCUGGAUCAGGGCUGUGAAGGGAAAUAACUGCGAGGACAUCAGAGUCUGUGUUGUGGAUGGACAGGUUCAGGGAUUUAUUUACCGCUGGGAUCUAGCUGCUCCAACAUCCCUGUAUUGAUCGGGUGAACUAAGAAGGAGAAUGUAUGGAAUAAACCAGCGCUGCAUUUACAUAUCGUUCAACUUUUUCGUGCUGUGGUGUCACGCUCAGGGGGAGAAUCACCCGUCUCCUAAUUUUAAGCAGUAUGUGAGGACGCAGGGCGCAGUGACGGAUCAGCUGAGCCGCAGACAGGUCAGGGUUUACCAGCUCUACAGCCGCACCAGCGGGAAGCACGUCCAGAUCCACGGCAAGAGGGUCACCGCCACCGCCGAGGACGGGAACCUGUACGCUCGUCUGUUUGUGGAGACAGACACGUUUGGCAGUCGAGUGAGGAUAAGAGGUGCAGAAAGUGGACGCUACCUCUGCAUGAAUCGGAAGGGCAAACUUGUUGGAAAGCCCAACGGCCGCAGCAGGGAUUGUAUCUUCACAGAGAUAGUACUGGAGAACAAUUACACGGCCUUCCAGAACGCUGAGUACGAGGGCUGGUAUGUGGCGUUCACCAGGAAAGGGAGGCCCAUUAAAGCGUCGAGGACGAGAGAAAACCAGAGAGAGGUCCAUUUCAUUAAGAGGCUACACACAGGCCCACCUCCCUUCCCCAACAUGGACCAAAGCAAACACUUUGAGUUCAUCCGAUUUCCAGCCACACGUCGAGCGAAGCGGAACAGGAAAUCACGUACCUCUUCCUAACGCGCAGCAAAAGCAAUGGACUGAUGACAGCUGUGAUAUAGGAAGAAACAGAUGUGAUUUUAUUUUUGUAUAUUUUUGAUAGGUAAAAGAUGGCUCAAAUGCAAUCAAUCUAAGGUAAUAUUUCUGUAAAAUGAUCGUGUGUAAAUACUGAAAGAGAGUAAAGCAGAUGGGUUAUA